AUGACGCAAUAUCCCAAAAAACGGAAGUCUGAUAUCGAUACUGUCGAUUUGAAAGGAGAUGAUGCAGGUCGCCCAUCGAAAGCAAAUCGAACAACUCCCUACUUGGACCCACAGAAUGUUAGCACGGGCCAGAGAUUUGGCGAGAGUGCUGAUUACAUUCCAUUAACUCAAGUUACUGGCGCAGACGAGGACGAUGCUGAGGCUGAAGAGCUUGUUCAAGGAACCCAGGGCGCAGAUGAGUCUUCAAUGUCCAGUAAUAUGCACUACGGUACCUUGGACACCAAGAUUGUGGGAUGCCGCUUCUACACUGGAAUUGCGACUCCCGGAGAACGUGUGAUUUUGCAGCGAGACCCUCAAAACCCGUAUGAUCGCAAUGCAAUUCAAAUCAACAAUAUCAUGGGUGCACAGAUCGGCCACAUUCCAAGGGGGGUUGCUGAAAAGCUCGCUCGCUACAUGGACUCUCGUGAACUUCUAGUUGAGGGAAUCCUCACAGGCCCUAAGUCUUUCUUUGACUGUCCUGUGGCUUUGCCGUUAUACGGCACACGUAACCCAGCUGAGCGGAUCACGCUGAAAAACAAGAUGAAGCAAGACAGACUCCCGCUUCGGGAAUUCAACGAUGCUGAGCGCAAAGAAAAGGCACGCAUUAAAGCACUUAUUGCUGCGAAGAAGGAGGCAGCGAAACAGGCUCGUGCGAUGGCUCUCAAGAAAGCUGCAGCUGAAUUUCAGGGCAAUGAGGAUUCAGUUUUUGCAAAUCUCUCGGUUUCAACAGGCCUGGGUGACACCGAAGAAAGCUUUGAGGACCUGUUGAACGAGAGCAGCUAUUUUAAUCCCAGGGAAAUAGGCCAGGUGGUAGAGAACUUCGGACAGAAGGAAUCGGAAAUGGCCAAGAUGCCGAUGGCUGAUACUCCAGCUGGCCUUUCGACCGAAUUACUUCCAUACCAAAAACAAGGCCUUGCGUGGAUGAUCGCUCGCGAGUCCCCGUCACUUCCCUCGCCUGGAUCCGACGCCGUUGUACAAUUGUGGAAGAGAAAUGGUGCUAAAUUCACUAAUGUUGCAACCAACUUUUCGACAUCUACCCCGCCAAGCCUGGCCAGUGGUGGAAUCCUUGCCGAUGACAUGGGUCUUGGAAAGACAAUCCAAAUAAUAUCUCUCAUAUUAGCAAAUCCUACGCCUAGAACCUCGGAUUCCUGCAAGGCGACAUUGAUUAUUGCUCCUGUAGGUGUGAUGAGUAAUUGGAGAAACCAAAUUCAAGACCAUUGCCGGACCGAAACUAUGCCUCGUGUUUUGAUUUAUCAUGGAUCUGGUAAAAAAGAGGCCGAAAAGCUGGCAGAUUACGACGUGGUUAUUACUAGCUACGGUGCCCUUGGCGUGGAGUACCAGCCAGAGGCCAAGAAACCCCCUGCAAAGGGUAUUUACUCAAUUCAGUGGCGGCGUGUUGUCCUUGAUGAAGGUCAUGGUAUCCGAAAUCCCCGAACAAAAGGCUCUCUCGCGGCCAACGCUCUCAAGGCGGACUCGCGCUGGGCACUGACCGGAACACCGAUUAUCAAUUCACUUAAGGAUUUGUACUCACAAGUACGCUUCUUGAAGCUGACGGGAGGAUUGGAAGAUCUUGGAAUUUUCAAUAGUGUCUUGAUUCGCCCUCUAACCAAUGGCAACCCCGAGGCUCGUUUGCUUCUCGAGGCAUUGAUGGGGACUAUCUGUCUUCGACGGCGCAAAGAUAUGGAGUUUAUCAAUCUACGACUGCCGAAGCUUACUUCCCGCAUUCUUCGUAUCAAAUUCAAUGAGCACGAGCAAGAGAAAUACCAGGCGUUUCAAGCCGAGGCAAAGGGCGCUUUGCUGGAUUUCAAGGACAAGCAGGGGGGCUCAACUUACUCACACUUGUUGGAGGUUAUUUUGCGUCUACGUCAAACCUGCAAUCAUUGGGCUCUCUGCAAAAAGCGUAUCGACAAACUAAUGGAAAUGCUGGAUAAACAUAAAGUUGUGCCACUUACUCCUGAAAAUAUGAAAGCCUUGCAAGAUAUGCUUCAGAUUCAAAUCGAAAGCCAAGAGGUCUGUGCAAUUUGUCUCGAUAAUUUUGAUGCACCUGUCAUAACUGCCUGUGCCCAUUCUUUCUGCAAAGGCUGUAUUGAACAGGUCAUUGAACGCCAACAUAAAUGCCCUCUCUGCCGUGCCGAUAUCAAUGAUAAUAGCACGCUCGUUUCGCCUGCAGCAGAACUAGGUGAAGAUACAGAAACUGUUGAAGCAGACCCUUCAAAGCCGAGCAGCAAGAUCGAGGCAUUGAUGAAGGUUCUUACUGCGCAGGGCCAAGCUCCUGAUACCAAGACAGUGGUUUUCAGCCAGUGGACUUCUUUCCUCGACCUUGUGGAACCCCAUCUGGCGCAGCGUGGGAUCAACUUCGUCCGUGUCGAUGGCAAGAUGAGCUCCACAAAUCGUGAUAAUUCGAUCAAUCGCUUUUCCACCGAGCCAACUUGCAUGGUUCUCCUUGCUAGUCUCAGUGUUUGUAGCGUUGGACUCAAUCUAGUUGCUGCUAAUCAAGCCAUCCUUGCCGACAGCUGGUGGGCUCCAGCCAUCGAAGAUCAAGCCCUGGAUCGAGUCUACCGACUAGGGCAAAAGCGAGAAACCAAUGUCUGGCGAUUGAUUAUGGAAAACACCAUCGAGGAGCGAGUGCUCGAUAUCCAGGGACGAAAACGCGAACUCAUGCUGACUGCAUUCCGGGAGACUGGUAAAAAGAAGGCAGAAGAUCGAGCAACCCGUGUGGCCGACCUCGAGUCCCUUUUGACCUAA